GCAUCCUCCAGAAGGGCGACGGCUCCACGCUGCACCUGAAGCGCUACCCGCGCACCAUCAAGGUGGUGGUGGGCACGGGGCUGCAACGGUCGCUGCAGUGCGAGGACUGCAAUGGCGUGGCGCGGGACGCGCGCCUGCUCACCCCGGUCGCGCUGGCCUCCGGCCCGGACGGCUCGCUCUACGUCGGCGACUUCAACCUCAUCCGACGCGUCACCCCGGACGGCAACAUCUAUACCGUGCUGCAGCUCAGCGCAACGCAGGUCUCGCACCAGUACUACCUGUCCGUGUCGCCGGCUGACGGCCACCUGUACGUGUCCGACACGGAGCGCCACCAGAUCCUGCGCGUGCUGCAGCUCGGCCCCAACAUCGAGGACCCGCGCAUCAACUCGGAGCCGGCCGUGGGGUCUGGUGACCGCUGCGUCCCGGGCGACGAGAACCACUGCGGCGACGAGGGUCCUGCCCUGCAGGCGCGCCUCGCGCACCCUAAGGGGCUGGUGAUCGCGGCCGACAAGACCAUGUACAUCGCGGACGGCACCAACAUCCGCGCCGUGGACCCGAAGGGCAUCAUCCACACUCUGGUGGGGCACCACGGCCACCACAACCUGUGGCAGCCCAUCCCGUGCUACGGUGCCAUCCCCGCGGCCCAGGCGCAGCUGCAGUGGCCCACGGGGCUGGCGCUCAGCCCGCUCGACGGCUCGCUGCACUUCAUUGACGACCACCUCGUGCUCAAGCUGACCAGCGACCGCAAGGUGAAGGUGGUGGCCGGCAUGCCGCUGCACUGCCACGCGUCCACGUGCGGGGCCAAGGACCAGCCGGGCCAGCAGGACACGCCGGGCAAGGAGCAGGCAGAGCCGCAGCAGGCAAAGACGGGCAAGCAGCAGGAGGCGCAGGCCGCGGGCGCGCGAGGCGCUACCCAGCCGGACGACAAGAAGAAGCAGGAGGAGCUCGAGAGCGAGGAGGGCUCCGAGGCCACCUCCACCGUCCUGGGCAGCAUCCUAUCCAUCGCGUUCAGCCCCAACGGCGAGCUGUUUAUCGCCGAGGCCGACUCGCGCAAGGUGAACGCCAUCCGCGUGGUGGACUCGGCCGGUCGGAUGUCCGACUUCGCUGGGCGGCCGCAGCCUCAGGACGCCUUCUUCCCGAUGCACGGCUGCUCCUGCGAGAGUAGGAACGCCACAUGGGGCCCCGGCACCACCGCGGGUCCUGGUCCUAGUCCCGCCUGUACUUGCGGUGGCCUGCCCCAGGACGACCCUUCGGCAGGAUCCUCAGCCGGUAAGGACUCGCGUGAGACACUGUUGUCGUCCAACGCCAAGUUCACGUCCAUCUCGGCCAUGGUGGUGUCGCCCGACGGCGUCUUGCACGUGGCGGACCAGGGCAGCCUACACGUCCUCGCCCUGGAGCACUACCUGCCAACCCACGACGAGAACGGCGAGUUCCGUAUCCCGUUCCCGCCCACCGGGGAGGUGUACGUGUUCAACCGGUACGGCCAGCACGUCGCCACACGGGACCUGACCUCCGGCAACACGCGCUACACGUUCCUCUACUCCAAGAACACGAGCUUCGGCAAGCUGUCGACGGUGACGGACGCGGCGGGCAACAAGAUCCUGUUCCUGCGCGACUACAGCAACGUGGUGAGCACCAUCGAGAACACGCAGGACCACAAGUCGGACCUCAAGAUCUCGGGCAUCGGCUUCCUGGAGAAGUUCUCCGAGCCGGGCCGCUCCGAGAUCGACCUGCACUACGAUUCCAACACGGGGCUGCUGACGAGCCGGGCGGACGCCAAGGGUGCGGGCGGCAAGACGUCGAUGUACCGCUUCGACGAGCUCGGCCGCGUGACGCAGGUGAUCCUGGCCACGGGCGAGACCAUCGAGCUGCGCUCGCGCAUCUCUCUGGACGACGGGCUGGCCGUGGAGGUGCUGGCCCCGCAGGCCGCCGUCGCCAUGGCGACCAGCGCGCCGCAGCAGCCCGCCGCCGACAAGCAGGCCGUGACGCUGCGCAUGGCGGGCCGCGGCGCGCGCCGCCUCUUCAUCUCGGACGGGCUGCGCGUCAGCGAGGCGGCCAGCUACCGCAACGGCUCGCUCACCGUCCGCGGGCCCUUCGCGCCCUGGGGCGGCGAGCUCACGUGCGCCGCACGCCGCCGCCACCCGCUCCUCGAGCUGGCGCUGCCCGUCGAGGCCGAGAUGCUGCCCAUGUGGAGCGACCAGGUGGUGUCCGCGUCGCCGUCCGCGCCGGGCCCCAACGCCAUGGCGUGGAGCUACAACAUCGUGGGCGACGCGGGCAGCUCGCAGCACAAGCUGCACCAGGACCUCUGGGUCAACCACAGCCGUGUGCUGGCCAUGGAGUACGACCAGGCCGUCCGCCGGCAGACCUUCUACGACCGCGAGGGGCAGCCGCUGCUCGUCGUCAGCCUCGACCACGAGGGACUCCCGCUCGCCUGGACGCUGGCCAACGGCGGCGCGGCCGUCAACAUCUCGUACGACCGCUUCCGCAGGGUGGACUCGUGGCGCUGGGGCAACCAGCUCGAGAAGUACAGCUACGACCGGAAGGGGCUGCUGUCCGAAAUAUCGACUCCGGAGGACGGCGCGCUCCAGUUCACCUACGACGAUCUCAACGUGCCCACCGUCAUCACGCUGCCCAGCAAGCGGAGGUUCGAGCUGCGCUACGACAGCGACGGCGGCCUGCGGCACAUCACGCUGCCCAGCGGCACCCACCACUCGCUGUCCGUGCAGCCGUCGCUGGGCUUCCUGCGCGCCACCUACACGGCGCCCGGCGCCCCGCGGCCCUACCUGCAGCACUUCUCGUACAGCGGGCUGCUGCUGCAGACGGUGUACCCGGGCGACGGCGCGCGCGUCAUCUACAAGUACACGGCGUCUGGCAAGCUGGCCGAGGUGCUGCACGGCGACGGACGCACGCGCAUCAGCUACUCGGCGCAGACGGGGCUGGCCAGCUCGGUGCAGCACUCGGAGCGCGACCUCGACUACCGCUGGGACUACGGCUACUCGGGCGGCGUGCUCGCCGAGGAGCGCAUCGAGUUCGGCCCCAAGACCGGCCUCAACAACGCCAAGAUCAGCUACGAGUUCGACGACAACCUGCGCGUCGUCUCGGUGGCGGGCCGCGUCAGCGGCCAAGCCCUGCCCGAGCACACGCUCGCCUACUCGCCGCGCACCGGCGCCGCCACGCAGCUCGGCCAGUUCCAGGUGCAGCGCUCCAACGGCAACGAGACCCGGCUGGCGGACGGCACCGCCGUGUUCACCCGCACCACCAACCGCAUGAUGCAGGAGGUGCAGGUGGCCGUGACCAUCCACAACAUGGAGGCCUUCCGCAUGGAGUUCUCCUACGAUUCGCGUGGCCGCAUCAGCCAGACGCGCACCUACACCCGGAACGUGGGCGUCAACAUGUACACCAACGUCAAGAACUUCACGUGGGACGCUGACGGGCAGCUGGCGGGCGUGGCGGCGCAGGAGCCGUGGAGCUUCGAGUACGACCCCAACGGCAACAUGCUCUCGCUCACCUACCGGGGCAACACCAUCCCCAUGGAGUACAACCAGAUGGACCGCGUCGUCAAGUUCGGCGAGGGCGUGUACCGCUACGACAGCCGGGGACUCGUGGUGCAGAACGCGCGCGAGGAGCGCUUCCACUACAACGCCAAGGGGCUGCUGGUGCGCACCAACAAGCGAGGUCGUUUUGACGUCCGGUACUACUACGACCACUUGGACCGGCUUUCCGUCAGGAAGGACAACUACGGCAACGUGACGCAGUUCUUCUACACCAACCACAAGCGCCCCAACGAGGUGACGCAGGUAUACUCGCCGCGCGACGGCAAGCUCACGUCGUUCAUGUACGACGACCGCGGCCACCUCGUCUUCGCGCAGGUGUACCGCCACAAGUACUACAUCGCGACGGACCAGUGCGGCACGCCCGUCAUGGUGUUCAACCAGUACGGCGAGGGCAUCCGAGAGAUCAUGCGCUCGCCGUACGGCCACAUCGUCUACGACUCGAACCCCUACCUGUACCUGCCCAUCGACUUCUGCGGCGGGCUGCUCGACACGGUGGUGUCGCUGGUGCACAUGCCCGGCGGCAAGGUGUACGACCCGCUCAUCGGGCAGCUCAUGGGCCCCGCCUGGGAGGACGUGCCCGCGCGGCUCAGCCGGCCCACGCACCUCAACCUGUACCGCUUCAACGGCAACGACCCCAUCAACGUGCGGCGC